UCAUUUCAAAUACUGAUGGUUCUUUGCCUUGUUCAUUAUGCAGGUUAUCUUUUCUUAAGAACUAAGAAAAAGGACAUAGACCCUGUAAACGAAGAGAUGCCUGCUAAAUCGGUUUCAGUUGCAGCACCUGUUACUGUGGAGAAGACUUUGUCUUCCACAGUGGUUGCAGAGCCAGUGGUGGUCAAGGCACUUGAGCCAAUUCCGGAGAAACAACAACGUGAGCUCUUCAAAUGGAUCCUGGAGGAGAAAAGGAAAUUAAAUCCAAAAAACGCAGAGGAGAAGAAACGGAUUGACGAGGAGAAAGCGAUUCUGAAACAGUUCAUAAGCUCCAAAACCAUUCCUACUCUCUGAGGAUUAAAAGUUCAGCUUCUGUUGAUUCUAGUUUGGUUUGGUUUCUUCAAUUCUUACUUUGUGGAUAUCAGAUGUUUUGCUUUUGGAAACCUUUUUUCGUUUCAAUGUUGAAAUCAGUCACUUUGGUAUCUUCGGUUUCAUCCAACAUUGAUGAUCCAUUGUUUGGUCUUGUGUUUUUGUGACAUUGUGAAACCGUUUCACUGAAACGGUUACAGCUAGAGAAAAAGGUUCGACUU